AUGAGAAUUUGGUUUCUCUGUUUUCUUGUAUUUUCGUCUAGAGGAUGGUGCGAGAAACUAGCAGAAUUGGAGUUCAAUUUGCCUCCAAAUUCUACGACUUUGAAGGAACUGGAAUGGAAGAGUAGAUCUAACACAUCAUCUGCUUCAUUCACCAUCUUCUCGUAUGUCCUAUCAAUUCAAACUUCAUCUUCUCUCUCCGUUUUCCUCUCCGGAAGUCCCGAAUGCCCGCGAAUUCAGAUGGCUGACCAAUCGGGAAGUAUCGAAAUAGAAAUCCCAGAUGACACGUGGCAAAGUCUGAUGGAUUGUGAGAAUGAAGACAAUGAGAAACAAAUUUACGUUCAUCUGGAAAGUCUCGACAAAGAAGCUUCUGGUCGAGUGGCGAUUAGUAGCGAACGGAGAUCCAUUUUGAGAUCAGAAGUGACUCAGAAAAUAGAAGAUACCAACGGAUUCAUUGUUUCUGAGCAUAACCCAUACACAAGAAAAAUCAAACUGCAAAGUCUGCAGGAUAGUGUGACAAUUAGUGUUACAUCUGAAAACGCGGAAAAUGCGUUGGAGGUCUACAUCACCUUUUGCCCAACAAACAAAGGAAUCCUCUACACCACAUCUUAUUCUCCAAACUUUGAAAUUUCUCUGAAAAGUCCAAGAAUGGAAAUGUAUUACGUUGAUCUCAAUUAUUUACCUUUCAUUCAUACCAAGGUUUUUUCGAUAACCGGAUUUCAGACGCCUACUCUUGCGACUCCAACAUUGCCUUCUACAGUAAUUCCACGCAGCCAACUGUCUCCUUUGAUCAUUCGCUUGGAAUCCCAAUUCACUAUCAAUGGAACCAUGACAGUUUUAAUCAACGGAGCCCAACCACUUGAUGAAACUGAUGUGGCUGAUUAUGAAACAGGAAGAUUUGAACUGAAUGGGGAUCAAACGAAAAUAGUGGAACUGAAAUACCAACCAACAAUGAUUAACAUUCAAGCCUAUUUGGAUGUGUUGAGCGGCUCCAUUCUGGUGUAUUUGUCUCCUUGUAAGGCUCAGAAUACGGACAUGCUCUAUGGGAACUUAUCCACAGGACCCCAUCGUAUCGAAAUUGAUUUGGAGGCAAUGAUGGAUAAUACCAAUUGCUCCUUGGCUGAAAUCGACCCGUCUACUGUCUACAUGCUUCUGAAACCAUCCUCUCACAUCGUCACAUUCAAUCUUUGGAUUCCUGGAGAGAUUGCCACGUGGCACUUGGCUGUCACUAUUGGGCUCGUCUUGUUGCUUCUCACCGCUUGUAUGAUCCUGAUCGUCUACUUUGGGAGAAGGAAGACUGGAAAAUUGGUCAUCAACAGAUUCCCCAAAUAA